GCGGCGGGAGGGCAGGCAAGCAGCGGCGACGGCGGCGGGCACGAAGCCAGCACCGUCGAAGACAAGCAGGCAGGCAGCGGUUUCUCUGCAAGAUGGGCAAGAGGAUGGAUAAAAAGAAAAAGAUGAUUAGGGGAGCUGCUGUUUUUGUGGCUCUUGCUACGGUUGCUGUACUUGUUCGAGCUAUUAUAAGGAAGAGAAGACCCCGUAUAACCUACUCCUAGUAGUAGCCCACACAUUUGCGCACGUCCAUUCACCUAUCUAGUCUCUGGUUAAACUGCUUGGAAGCUGCAUUGUGUUUGGGAUAAUGGCUCAUCGCGGACAAUCAGAUGGACGAACUCCAGGCCUAAUGCGCCAUGGUGCGUUCUCUACAGCCAGCCUCUCUGCCUGCCAACCUUUAGAGCCUUCUCCUCCCACCAUUUUGGAUAUUCUGGAGAACAAGCUUGCCGCGCUGACCGGAGAGGCAGAAAAGCUUAUCAGAGAGAAUCAUCGAUUGGCAUCAAGCCAUGUGGUUUUGAGACAGGAUAUUGUUGAAACUGAGAAAGAAAUGCAAAUGAUUCGCAGCCACCUAGGUGAUGUCCAGGUAGAGACUGAUAUGCACAUAAGAGAUUUGGUGGAGAGAAUCAGAUUAAUGGAGGCAGACAUACAGGCUGGUGAUGCAGUGAAGAAAGAACUUCACCAAGUGCAUAUGGAGGCAAAGCGGCUUAUUACUGAGAGGCAGAUGCUUACUUCUGAGAUACAGAUAGUGACUGAAGAGAUGCCGAAGUUCCCUGUUGACAAUAAUAACCUUCCGGAAUUGGUUGCGGAGCUAGAUGGGCUACGGAAAGAGCAUCACAGUCUAAGGUCCGCGUUUGAGUAUGAAAAAAAUACAAACAUCAAGCAAGUUGAGCAGAUGCGGACAAUGGAAGUGAACUUGAUAACCAUGACUAAAGAGGCUGACAAGUUACGAGCUGAUGUGGCAAAUGCUACAAACCGAGCACAUGCAGGAGCACAUGUGACAGCUCCACAGCCUGGGACUGCACAAGCUGCCGGGACGUCAGCAGUCACAAAUCCGUAUGCAAAUGCAUAUGCCAAUCACCCCUCCGCAUAUCAGCAAGGGACUGCUCAAGCAGCAGCAUAUCAGCAAGGGACUCCUCAAGCAGCACCAUAUCAGCAAGGGACUCCUCAAGCAGCAGCAUAUCAGCAAGGAACCCACCAAACGGCGCCGUAUCAUCAAGGAACCCCCCAAGCUGCGGCAUAUCAGCAAGGAAAUCCCCAAGCUGCAGGAUAUCAGCAAGGGAACCCCCAAGCUAUGGCAUACCAGCAUGGAGCAUAUCAGCAAGGAACCCCGCAAGCUGGAGCUUAUCAGCAAGGAACCCCACAAGCCGGAGCAUAUCAGCAAGGAACCCCACAAGCCGGAGGAUAUGCUUACCCAACCGCUUAUGACGCCAAUGCUUACCAGAUGCAUGCUAACGCGUACGCCGCCUAUUCUGGCUAUCCAGUUGCAGGGUAUGCACAACCCGGUUAUCCUGGCACGUACGCUGCACCUCAGCAUCCAACAACCAGUGGCGCGGCUACUGAUGGCACAAACGUGUACGGUGCGGCUGCUAGCACGGGGUAUCCUGCUCCGCCGGUUCAGGCAAGCAGUGGAGCUGCUAACCCGGGACAGGCACCACCAGCUCCCUAUCCUGCAACGUAUGACUCUACAAGUGGAGCCCAGAGGUGAAAGCCGGGGUUGUAACAUGAAUGAUGGUCUCUGUGCCAUGCACAUUUUAUCAGACAGUGUCAUGGUUA